AUGGAGAAAUUCGAGAUAUUGCGUCCCGUCGGUCGACUGGAACAAUAUUCAACGUCGCGCCACCAGGUUGGGUUUUAUCUGAACGUUGCUGUAUCAGCAACGUAUUCCUUACCAGACUCAUUCGUGCUUCCUAUCAAAGACUAUGUUUAUAAGGCAUGCGAGGCCGCAAUCGCGGAACAUCCGUCACUAUCCGCCAUCGUCGCAGACGAUCACACACAAGACCCCUAUUUUGUGCGGCUACCGCAGAUUGAUCUUGACCAAGUCGUCUCUUUUCAGGACAGGAAACCAGGUUUGUUAGGCACCGAAGCCAAUGGUGAGCCUGCUCCAGAUCUUGACCUGCAAACCUUGCUUGCAACCCAGCACAACACGCCCUUCAGAGUUCCAAAUGCCUUUUGGAGGCUCUGUGUCCUCUUAAAUAUAGAGGAUGAGCGGCAAUUCACUGCGGCAUUUGUAUAUCACCACGCCAUUGGCGAUGGAACCUCUGGGAAAGCCUACCAUCAAACCUUCCUACGAGCCCUGGGGGCAACGAACUCCUCAGGCCAGACUAAAUCCAUCAUCAAGUCACCGGAGCUUCCUCUCUUGCCGAAUAUCGAGCUUGUGCACCCGAUGUCUCUUUCCUUAACUUAUCUUGCCAAGAAAAUCUUCCAGGCAAAAAUCUACUCCCGACGGCCCACGGGUCUAUGGACCGGCUCCAAGGUUCUGGUCCCCUCUCAAACCCGCCUGCGUCUUGUGCCGUUCUCGAAACUACUCGUCACCACAGUAAGAGAAAGAUGUCGAGUAGAGGGUACGACGAUCACUGCGCUCCUGCAGACGAUCAUCGCCCGCUCUAUCUUCGCACACAUCCCGCCUGAGUUUACCCUACUCGCGUGUACUGGCGCCCUCUCGAGCCGCCGCUGGCUGCCAGAUGUUAUCACUGAUGAGUCAAUGGGUGUCUGGGUCCAGGACUACGAAGAGACGUAUUCCCGAGCGACUGUGACACCAUCUGACGGGUCCUUCCCGUGGGCAGAGGCCAGACGGUCUCGUAAGACCAUCCAGUCUGUCUUGAAAAUGGAAGGGAAGAAUGCUAGUACGAGUCUGCUGCAAUUUGUGGAUGAUUUUCAAGACGAACUGUGUUGGUCGAAGGUUGGCAAGGACCGUGAUAAGAGCUUUGAGGUGUCCAAUGUUGGCGUUCUGGACCCGCAAACGAAUCCUGACCUGCCUUCUAUCAAGGGGAUGGUAUUUUCCCAAUGCGCUAGUGUGAUGGGUAAUGCAAUUGAGGUGUCGGCUGUCACUGGUGGAGAUGGAUGUUUGGCGUUGGCUGUCUCUUGGCAGCAAGGGGUUGUGGAGGCUGAUCUCGUCAAUGGAGUCGUUGAGUCGAUUAAGCAGGAAUUAUACUCUAUUGACGGUGUGUGA